AUGCCAACUCCAACCCCACCACCACCAUGGUGGUGGUGGCGUCUUGAUUCGAUGACAAUUCUCGAGCGAGCUUUUCAAGCUGCCUCUACGAUACAUAGAGGACUGGCCUCGGUGUCAGAAUACUCCCUAGCAUUUCUAACAUCAUGCCCAAGUGAUGACGACCUUGGCCCUGAGGUCAAUGAAUACGUACUCGUAUCAUUGUUUCAGGACAGCUUCCAUUCUGCAAGCACAAGCAUCCUUCGUGGGCGAUCUCGGCCUAGAAGUCAAUGA